AUGACUUUACUAGCGUUCAUCUUCCUACUCGCUUUCGUCCCAGCUGAAUCUGCAAGCAGCAGACACCUCCCCAAGGCAGCAAGUAACCCUGUGUUCGGACCACGGCAGGUAUAUGGUCUGGUCAAUGGGUCAGUUACUGUGAAAUGCUUCUACCCUCCCACCCGUGUGAACAUACACGACAGAAAGUAUUGGUGCAGGGAAUCGGCCUCGGGCUGCAUGACCAUCGUGUCCACCAACGGCUACAUUGCUCCAGGCUACCAAGGCAGAGCCUCCAUCACUGACCACCCUGAGGCAGAAAGCUUCCAGAUUAACCUCUCCGAGCUUACAAUGGCAGACACAGGCACCUACCAGUGCGGUGUUGGUAUCAACGGCAGAGGGCUCUCCCACAAAGUCAAUCUGGCUGUUUCCAAAGGUCCACAUAUACCCGAGGGAGCUGAGCUUUUCUACGUGAAGCUGCACAGCACUUUGAGCAUGUCCUGCAACUUUGGGGCAGAUUAUGUGAGCACGAGGAAAUUCUUGUGCAAAAUGAAGAAAAACAGCUGCUAUAACAUCAUCGAUAGUUAUGGGAAUGUUGAUGAGGAUUACACAGGGCGAGUUCUGCUGAGCAACGAGGAUCUUCCAGGCUCAUUCAGCAUCGUGAUAACUCAGAUGAGCUGGGAAGACUCAGGCUUGUACCUGUGUGGGGUCGGCUCCUAUGGGGAGUAUGGAGAAACAAAGGAACUGGAUGUGCAUGUUUAUGAGGAGACAAGUGUUCCUCAAGGAAAGCCUACAAUAAUUGGAGUAAAAGGAAGUUCAGCAACUUUUGAAUGCUUCUAUGAGCGUCUAAAAGAGCCCACAGUGAAGUACUGGUGCAAGUGGAGACAGCAGGGGUGUGCUCGGAUCAUAGACAACAUGGGGUACGUGUCAAGCUUGUAUGAAGGAAGAGUGGCCAUGUACGACAGCCCAGGUAACGCGACGAUCACCAUCAUCCUGAACCAGCUGAAGGACAGUGACAAAGGCUAUUACUGGUGCAUGACAGAUGAGGUGAAGGAGCAGCAAUCAUCAACCGAGCUGAAGAUCAUAGACGGAGAACCUGGACUGAAGGGAAAGAAGGAAGUGGAGGCGCAAGUGGGUUCACGGGUCGAUUUAACUUGUUCUUAUCCAUGCAAGUACUACUCCUACCAGAAGUACUGGUGCAAGUGGAACAACAUCGGCUGCACCCCUAUGCCUGCUUCUGACCAAAGGGAGCCGGGGCCAGACGUUACCUGUGACACUGACAACAAGACAGUUAUCCUAAGCUUUGACUCGGUGGCAAAGACAGACGAAGGGUGGUACUGGUGUGGAGUGAAGCGCGACGGCCACUUCGGGGAAACCAUGGCAGUCUACCUGCGGGUGACUGAAGGAAGCAGUGCCGGCCACAACCUAGAUCUCCUGGAUGUUGAUGCCCCCAGCCGCCCCCACCACCCCAGCCGAGCCGUCCCCAAGGAAGAGCCUACAGCGAUGCUGAUGUGCAAAGUGCAGCUGCCUCGGAAAGGUUACUCUGAUGGAAGCCAUGGUGGCCCCAAUGUACUUGCUUUUGUCCUGGGCCCUGUUGGCGCCUUGCUCCUGAUCAUCGUGAUGGCUUUUGCCGUUUUUAAAUACAGACAGCUGAGGAGAUCCGACCUGGUGUCCAUCGGGAGCUACAGGACAAACAUCAGCAUGUCGGACUUCGAAAGCGUGAAAGAAUACAGCGCAAGCAAUAACGCCUGUGUGAAAGAGACCCAGGAGACUCAGAUAGGAGGGGACGAGUUUAUCACCACCGUGGCCACCCCAGAAAGCGCUGCCGAGACAAAGAAGGCAAAAAGGAGCUCCAAGGAGGAUGCUGACCUCGCCUACUCCGCCUUCCUCCUCACCUCCAGCAGCAUCGCACAGGGCAGCUCCGAGGGGGACAGCGCUGCCCCGGCCGUGUCCCCCCCGAACUGGGAGGGCUAG